AUGUCUGUAGACGAAUAUUGCAAAAGCGAGAAUCCAAUUUUAUUUUUUGUGUCUUAUGUAAUCGGUGCAUAUUAUGAGCAGUAUUUAAAAAAACUCAGUAAAACUCAGGCCCCUAGUCCCCAGCAGGCCUUAAGUGGUCAAGGGGUGCCAAGAAUCCCUGGGAAGUAUGCAAUAGCGGAGAGAUGUUGUAGAAAAAUUCAGAAUGGCCCCUCUAUGGUACUUAGACUUGGAACGCUCCAUGUUGGAACACUGACUGGCCGCAGCAUGGAAAUCGCAGAAAUGCUUGAUCGUAGAAUGAUUGACAUCUGCUGUCUUCAGGAAACCCGAUGGAAAUCGAAUGGUGUCUGUCAUAUCAACUCAGACAAAGAAAAAUAUAAGCUAUUCUGGAAUGGUCAAAAGACGGCCAAAAAUGGUGUUGGAAUUUUUGUCAGAGAACCGCUAGCCCAAGAAGUACUUGAUAUUAAAAGGAUUAAUUAA